AUUAAAGCAACAUUUGAAUUAAACGUGUUAAAUUUUAAAUAAAUUAAAAAAGAAAAAUAUAAUUGAUGGGAAUAAAUUAGAAAGCUAUGCUUACAAAAACGUCAAAUUAUUAAAUACUUUAUGGCCAAUACAAUAUAAAACAAUAAUAAUAAUAUACAACUAAGCUAAUCGAUAUGUAAUCGACCGAGCCAUCUCCAAGAGUUUCGCAGCAACCAGCUUUCCGGCACACUGCUCACCCACACCAACUAGCCACCGUGGUGAGUUUGCGUGUGUGUGACUUCGUCAUAUGACAUUUUUCACAGUUCGUCGUCGAUUGUGAUUCUGUCGCACUUGCUUUUUUCGACUUGCUCAGUAUACACCACGGCGAGGAAUUAGAGAAGUUUGGAAAUUAUGGCCAGCCAGACGCAGGGAAUCCAGCAGUUGCUCGCUGCCGAGAAAAAGGCAGCCGAGAAGGUCGCCGAGGCCCGUAAACGCAAGGCAAGGAGGUUGAAGCAAGCCAAGGACGAGGCUACCGAGGAGAUCGAGAAGUUCCGCCAGGAGCGCGAGCGCGCCUUCAAGGAGUUCGAGGCCAAGCACAUGGGCAGUCGCGAGGGCGUGGCGGCCAAGAUCGAUGCGGAUAUCCGCGUUAAGCUGGCCGACAUGGACCGGGCCAUCCAGACCCGCAAGGACCCGUUCAUCCUGGAGAUCCUGCAGUACGUGUACAACAUCUCGCCCGAGGUGCACAAAAACUACAACCACAAGUAAAGAGGUGGCCCCCCAAACUGUGCGCUGUAAAUUCAAUGUCCACGUUCAACUUUAAUCCAUAAUUUAGACCCGUAAUAAUAGUGGUUAAUCUAACUGGAAACACUGCUGUAUUAUUAUUCCAUUCAUUAAAGUGAAAAUUCGUUGUUGUUCCAUGUAGAAAAAAGCGAGCAUAUUAGUUUGCCUCCCACUCGCGCGGGAUUGUAUUAUCAUUGUUUUGUGUUCUGCCCAAUACACGUUGUUGUUUUAUCCGAAAA